CGUGCAGUUCACGCGCUUCGAGGGAAUUUUGAAAAUGGCGGACGGAAUUCGAUUCUUCGAGUUGAAAACCGGAGCUAAGAUCCCCUCGAUGGGAUUCGGCACGUGGCAGGCUGACCCUGGCAUCGUCGGCGAAAUCGUCACCACCGCUAUCAAGGUCGGAUAUCGGCAUAUUGACAGUGCUAAACUUUAUGGCCAUGAAAAGGAGAUUGGGUCCGCUUUGAAGAAACUGUUUACUGAUGGUGUAGUGAAGCGUGAGGACUUAUGGAUCACCUCCAAACUCUGGUGUACUGAUUACGAGCCAGAAGAUGUAGCAAAGGCAUUAGACAAAACUUUGCAGGACUUGCAACUUGACUAUUUGGAUCUGUAUCUAAUCCACUGGCCCGUUAGCAUGAAGAAGGGAUCAGUUGGGUUUAAGCCUGAAAAUUUUACCCAACCUGACAUACCAAGUACAUGGAAAGCAAUGGAGGCAUUCUAUGAUUCUGGAAAGGCUCGAGCUAUUGGAGUAAGCAAUUUCUCUUCAAAGAAGCUUGGGGAUCUGUUGGAGAUAGCACGUGUGCCUCCUGCUGUUAACCAAGUGGAGUGCCACCCUUCUUGGCAGCAGACGAAACUACACGCAUUUUGUAAAUCUAAAGGGGUCCACCUAUCUGGGCAUUCACCAUUUGGUUCUCCGGGUACAUGGGAAAUCAAGUGCGAGGUCCUUAAGAAUCCAAUUAUCAAUAUGGUUGCAGAGCAAUUGGGGAAGACUCCUGCACAAGUGGCUCUUCGUUGGGGGCUGCAAAUGGGUCACAGUGUCCUGCCUAAGAGUACAAAUGAGGCAAGAAUCAAGGAAAAUUUUCAUAUUUUUGACUGGUCUAUACCUGAAGAUUUGUUUGCCAAGUUCUCUGAAAUUGAGCAGGAGAGGCUAAUUAAGGGUACUGGAUAUUUUGUUCAUGAGACCCUUGGUGCCUACAAAACCUUAGAAGAACUCUGGGAUGACGAUCUAUGAGCCGACAUCGAAUUUAUGAAACAUUG